AUGACUCCGCAGACCUCCCCUCCUUCCACUCCCAUACUUCCUGACCUACCGCGCGUAAAUAUCCCAUUUCCAGGCUCCCCAGAGCCUGUAAGGCCCUACGAACUCAGCCCCGCACUCGUCUUCAUCAUAGGAGCCCUGGGGAGCAUAUUACUGGUCGUCGGCUAUUACCAGAUAAUGCUCAAGUAUUGCUCUUCUGUAGAACGCCUUGUCAGCAGAAGAACUAACAGGCACUCCAGGAUUCGUACGAGCAAUGAGGGCCCGAUUUCGAACACUGGUCUCGAUCCAUCAAUGAUUGCUAGAAUACCCGUCCGCCCAUAUAACAGCAAGGAUGCCGAUUUGGGCACGGAAUGCUCUGUCUGUUUAGCAGAAUUCACCGACGGGGAGGCGGUCAGAGUUCUGCUCAAAUGUCGGCACGCGUUUCACAUCCCAUGCAUUGGCAUCUGGCUGCAUCGGCAGUCCACUUGUCCGGUUUGCAGAGCCGACGUUGCCAUGGAUUUUCUUAACCUAAUUCACUCUCCUCGCAAGGACGAACAACGCCCAGUUAUCGAAUCGCUGGCCCAAUCCAGUUCCUUACCGUUGAAUGGGAUUUCACAACCGGUGAAUGCAAAUGCCGAUCGACAUGCAAGGUCGUUAAGCCGUGGUGAGUUUCCAGAGACGGAGUCAUCGAGUUCUCAGUGGUACCGCCGUUCUGUAUGGAGUAGGCGCGUUACUUCGCCGUCGCGGGUCAGAUUGUAUGGAGGUGAGCCUUCGGACCAUAAUAGAAACAAUGGGUUUUCUUCGCAUGAGGUGGUGAUAGAUCUGGGUGAACCUUCACAUAGAUAA